CUCCACUUUGAUGAGAUACCAUGGAGGGAAGCAACGUCACGCCACCAGCCAUGGACGAACCAGCCCAGAAGCUCCGCAAGACGGGACCUUCCUUCCGUGAGAGGCUCCGGAGCCUCAGGUCCACGGAGAUGGAAUCAGAGCUCGAAAAGCCCGAGGAGACCGUGGAGAAGGCCAUGGUGGCCUUUUCCGUGGAGCCGCUGCAGGUGGACGUGACACCUGGCGCUCGGAAGGUCAACACGGAGGAGAAACUCCGCCAUGAGCGGCAGAAGGUCUGGGAAGCCGAGCAAGCAGAGAAACGCCUGCGAGAGGUCCAGUUACCGCAGCUGAGCUCAUUUGAAGACUUGGCGGAAGAUAUGACGCUGCACCGAUCCCUGCGCCUCACCACCGUGGCGGCCUCGUUGCAGUGGCUGCGGCGUUUGCCCUUCGCACUGCGCCGGCACGGGGCUCCCGUGGCCCCGGAGGAGUUGCCCGCUGUAGCCCGGGCAGAGGUGCAGGAGAUUUGCCAGCAGAGCCUACCGCAUCUCAUGACUGAACCCAGGCGUGCGGUGUGCUGGUUGUCCAAGAUCGCCAGUUUCCUCACCUGGUACGAACUGGAGGGGCCGGCACCACCACCCGGGCAGCCGACAGUUCUCAAGGAGGCCUUCAAUGAGCCAGAGCAGAAAGUGCGGGAGUGGGAUGAAUCCUACCGGAGCUUGUGGCUUCUGCUUCGGCAAGGUCUACUGCCAAGCUUUUGCAUCGAAUCGGAGCGUUUCUCAGUGACCGUCUUUGGUGAGGGCUCUGACAGUUGGAGUGGUGAAGCCUUGGGCACGGUGAAGCCUUCUGCGUCGGAGCCAAUGGCGCUGAUCUUCCCCUCCACCCGUGAGCUUCGCACGCUGCUGCAAGAGAAUCAUGCACACUUCCAAGUGCCUUUGGCAGACCCCAAAUCGGCGACCUCGGCCCCGCGGCUUCCGGGCCGUGGCGACGCGUCCGCGUCGGUGUCCGAGUCCACCCUGGCCGAGCUGCGAGAGUUGCGGCGCGAUGGGGUGAAAGCCACAUCACCCAGUGACGUUCUGCUGAACGACGUGUCGCAGACCUCUGCGCUUUGGUUCCAUGGCGCCUGGCGAGUGCAUGCUCUGUUGGAUGUCUUGCGCCACGGCCUCUUCGCUCCGCCGGGGCACGCCGCCGCUCCGGGCACUCCGGCGGCGCGGUUGCCCCGGUUGGUGUCACCCGGGUCCUUCGUGAAUGCCAGCGUCAAGACGGCAGAGGUCGUCAAGCUCACAAAGCUCGGAAAUGAAUCCAUCGCGGAGAUCCGAGGGUGCUUCUUCCCCCAGCAGCUGCGACGCUUCUUGCAGCUUCUGCCAGUGAGCCUGGCCAAGUUCAGCUGUGAG